AUGCUGCGCGACGCCUGUUGCUGGCAUGCCCUCAAGCUGAACGGGGAGUGGGUUAUGGACGGUGGCAUCCUCGACUUCCAACCAGUAUACGAUGACAAAACGGUGACGGUGAACCCGUUCUACUGUACCAGCGCAGAUAUUAAACCUUCGGUCUACGUGCCCAUGUGGUGGGCCUUGCUGCCGCCUGGAGUGCAUGACGUCGAGUGGUUGUUUGAUCUCGUCUACGAAGACGGCCUCAAGUGGGUUGUAAAGAAUAGUCAUACAGGCAGCAAGCAUAAAACGGUGGAAAUUCCGACCUAG